CUGAACCUUUUCAUGGAAUGUCAAUAUUUCAUUUUGAUCAUUAGGAGAUCAUCUACAUGACAAGAUUUUUAAUGCUGACUUAUUUAUUAUGUCUCUAUUUUAUUGAUACAAUGAAAUUAAUUCGAAAGUAUAUAAUAUCCAAUUCAAGAAAAGUUAUAUUCCCUAAUAGACCUAUUAAUGAUGAUAAUAAUACAACAAAUAUCGUUGAAACUUCAUUAAAUGAACAAGUCGACAAUAAAACUGAAUGGCUGAUGAACAGUGAAAGUAAUAUAGGUUUAAUAGAUACAAUACCACAUAUAUUGGUUAGUUAUAGUCAUCAAGAGAAAGAUAUGGCAAAGUAUUUAGUUGAACAACUUCAAAAUAAAGGUUAUAAGGUAUGGAUUGACUAUAAAGAUAUGAUGUAUGAAACUGAUGUAAUGGAGGGUAUGGCAAAAGCUGUAGAAAAUUCAUUUGUUGUUUGUAUCCUUUACUCUAAAUCAUAUAAAGAAAGUCUUCAUACAAAAUGUGAAGCUCAAUACGCUUAUCAUGAAAAAAAGCCAAUAUUAUUUCUACGUGCACAAAGAGGAUACGUACCAGAUGGAUGGUUAGGUUUUAUGAUGGGGACACGAUUGUAUAUUGACAUUUCUGGAAAAUAUCCUUUUGAAGAUAAAUUUAUUGAAUUGUGUAAACGAAUAGAUGUCUAUAAAAAUCAAUCGAUUGCUCAACUUAAUAAUCAUUGCCAAAAUAAAUCAACAGAAGUGGCCUAAUCAUUAUGAAAUGGUUUUGAAUGAACAUUUUCGCACUAAAUUCAAAUGAUGAAUAGAAUUCUGUAAACUCUACUAGAUGUGUAUCGAGUUUUUUGAAGCUAAUAGAUUGUUAACGUGGAAUUUCUUGAUAUUCAUUAAAAUAUUAAAAUUAGACUUUUCCGAGAUUUGAAUUCUACUGUUUACACUUGAUAGUUGUUCUUUGUCAUAAAGUAUUGAAUAAUUUUUCAGCUCUUCUAAACUAGACUACAUUCUUACUGACAGGUAAUUCUCAUUUAAACAUUAGAGACACGAAGAUUAGUGUAAAACGUAUUACAUAAUCUAAUAUUAUAUUCUUUCUAUCAUGUCAUCUUGGUCAUUUCCCUGUUCUAAUUACUUCACGGAACUAGUACAUUAACAAAAAAAGUUUCACAUAUCUACGAUUGUACAGCUUGAUAAUACAUUCUUAUUACCAUAUUUGUGUUUGUUAUGCGUUAUGAUGACUAUCAGAUAACUGAAAUCCUUAUUUAUUUACUAGUUAAAUGUAUUGGUUAUUAUACCUA